UUUACACAAAUAAAUUUAUCAAAAAGAUGGCUACAUAGAAAAAUUUGCUGUUCAAAAACACACAAAUUCUAUUUUAAAUUUUUCGCCUACAUCUAAUAAUUCCUGAGAUAUUCAAGAAAAUAUGUUUUGCAACCCCAACUUUGAGGGCUAUUUUCACCCCUUCAGCAUGGAUGAUUGCCGAUAAAAAAAAUACGUGUCAAAUAUUUUUUUCAGUUCUAUAUCAUACUCAAAGGGCAUCAAAAUCGUCGUGUGUCCCUUGUUAGACGCAAAAUCGUCUUAUGAGGGCCCUGGACCUAGUCUGCCUAGGCCUAGGGCCGGCCCUGAUUUAAGUAAACGUUUAUCUUUACCAUUGAAAAGCCCCGAGACAAGUGUAUUAUUAAUAAAACAAGAAUAAUUCAAAAUUGAAUGAAGACGGUAGUUUCUCUUGAAAUACGAAAGAUUUCUCGGAAACGCUAUCGCGAGAUGUUCUUGGAAUACUUUAUAACGGGAGAGACGUGAUAAUUUCGUGCAAGACGCCGCGAAAUUUUCGUCGGCGCCGUCAAAAAUACCCGCAAGAUCGUAGUGAAAACUGGAUCACAAUACAUGGCUCGCGACCCCGCGAAAAUAGCGCCGGACCGUUCCCGUUUCCCUGCCACGAUCGGCAGAAAUCCUGCUUUCCACGACGAGAAUAGAAGCGCCUAAUUGCGGAAGACGCCUCGGUGGGAAGCAGGGAUUCCCGACGCGGCGCUGGGCGUCGCUCGAUUUACGUGGGCGCGCGAUGAAAAUCCUGAAUGUAUCAUCGGUAAUCCUUUUUCCAUUACCGGGCAUAAAAUCUAAGAAUCUUCACUUUUUAAAACAUUAUAACGUCUUCAAUUUCAAAAUUAGUUUGUUUUAAAUGAAAUUAAGGUUCAAGUAAAGUUUGAAUUUCAAACAAUUUCGAUCACGAAUAUCCUCGCAUAAAUCGCUAGGUUUCUAAACAUUUUCUCCUCUAAAAUGUAGAUUUACAUAUCAGGUUAUUAUCAUGAUUCAUCUUUUCCGUCUUGUACUUAAGUAAACAAUAAUGCAUCUAUAAUGGGAUCGAAGGAUAACACGUUUAAUAUUUCCCUUGAGGAUAAUUUUAAAAGAAAUGAAAUAGCAAGAUUUGCGAUCUACAAUCACACUAUGCGUUACGAUUCAUCGAACUCUGAUUCAUCCCGUGAAAAUUGAUCUCUGAUGCAAUUGGAACCUCGAAGAAGAAACACUUCUAUCGUAGUCGGAGGAUUCAUCAAUGAAAACGCACCUUAUCCGAAAUGAUCGAUGAAUAAAAAUUGCAAUGAUCAUCUGUUUCGAAUAUCGUUUCGUGUAAUCGAGGCUCCAUCUCUGGCGGAUCAAAGGAAUCUGUCCGAUUGGCGAACGCUGCCAAGCUGGCGUGCAAAGACAAAAGGGAAAUUCGUACGCCAAGGGUCGAAAUUGGAUCGUCUCAGUAUCUUGCGAGCCUCGGUUCGCUAACGAACCAUUAACGGAUACUUAAUUAACCAGCCCAUCGUGACCGCCCUUUUCUUAUCCUCCGUCUUACCUUGAAUUGUAUUUUAUUUUCUUCUUAUUUCUCGAUCAUUUCCCUCGAUGACGCGACGUUUUUAUAAAUAGUCCGCGAAGUGCGUAAAUCAGUGGGUUCGGCAGAAAAUUUUCUUUCGCACUGAAGGAGAAAGGAAAGAAAUGUCGAAUCGAGGAGGUGCGGUGAUAGUGAUAAGUUAAAAGUUCGAGGAAGAAGUUUCGGUGUACAGUGUGGAUCGGAUGUGAUCCGUUUGGUGAACCGUCGGUAGCGAUCGCGGAUAAACGGAUGUGGUGCAAAAGACUGAUAUGGAUUUUCCAGUGGCUCUGGACAGGCUGCGAUAUUUGGCUCUGACGAUGCGUUCUUUAUUCGUUCUGUCUUGAGAGCAUCCGCUAGAACGGCGGCCUCGCUCGAGAAAGCUUAAACUUAGACGCCGAAAUUCCGUUGCAGCUCGAACCGAAAUACAUGUGUCGAGUUCUAAACGAUGUUUAAACGUCGAGCCAUUGUUCAUUUUCCUCUUCUUUCUUUAUUAUUUUUUUUCUUUCCUCUUGUUAAAUAAAAGUAGCUUAGAAUAGAUACAACGGGCAACGAUUAAUUAGAUUCCCCCACCGAGGCAUUUAUUUUUAUUAUUCAAUUUCGUUUCGUGACGAAAGAACGGUGAUCGAUCGUCGCUUCGGUGUUUACCGAUCAUGUGGUACAAGUGGUACGAUAAAUCGAAACUCGGACCGUCCCUUUCGAGAUACUGUUGAAUCGAUACUGCGAGGGAAUCGAAGUGAAGCGCUAGAAAAUGGACGGUACCACGUCUAAAACACUUUCGCCGAGUUCUUCGGGCUCCGGAAAGGUCCACUUGGGCGAAGGAAUGGCGUUAUCCGGUUUAAGAAGGGCGCUCUCUCAAGUCUCGAUGUUGGUCGUUAAGGCGACCACCUCUGGAGAAGCUGCUUGGAGAGAGGAAUUGCAAAAAAUCCCCAGAGAGGCAGAAGGAAAAAACAGUGGCAGUCCAUUUCUUGAGGAUCCAUCCAGAAAAUUGGCAAAAAGACAUGUUCGAGCCGCUUCGUGCAGAUAUCGCCAGACGAGGUUCAGUUCUCGAAGGAUACGAAAGAGGGUGGUUUUCAAGCACGGCGAUUGCAAUGUCGUACAAGGAAAUGUGGCGAAACGACGACGACGUUACCUUCAGGACAUUUUCACGACACUGGUGGACGCGCAAUGGAGAUGGACACUGUUGGUGUUCUCCAUGAAUUUUCUACUGUCCUGGCUUGGUUUCGCUCUGAUAUGGUGGCUGAUCGCGUACAGCCACGGCGAUCUAGAUCCAGAGAAUUAUACGAAUCCGAAUCAGACGUUCACACCGUGUAUCGUCGACAUUCGUGGAUUCACCAGCUCGUUCCUAUUCUCGAUCGAGACACAGCACACGAUCGGGUACGGUUCGAAGCAUCCAACGGACGAGUGUCCAGAGGCGGUGUUCGUCAUAUGCAUCCAAUCGAUGACCGGUGUGAUUCUGCAGGCCUUUAUGGUCGGUAUAGUGUUCGCGAAACUGUCCCGACCGAAGAAGAGGACGCAGACGUUGCUAUUUUCGAGAAAUGCCGUGAUAUGUCAGAGGGACGGUCAACCGUGUCUGAUGUUUCGCGUCGGUGACAUGAGAAAAAGUCACAUCAUCGAGGCUCAUGUCAGAGCUCAGAUGAUCAAAAGGAAGGUGACCAGGGAAGGAGAAUUGUUGCCGUUCUUCCAGACGGAAUUGAAAGUGGGCGGAGAUGGCGAGGAGGAUAAGAUAUUUUUUAUUUGGCCAACCACCAUUGUACACAAGAUCGACGAACAGUCACCGCUUUAUCACAUAUCAGCCAGUGAUAUGCUGCGAGAGCGAUUCGAGAUCGUGGUUAUAUUGGAAGGUGUAAUCGAGUCGACAGGUAUGACUACUCAGGCUAGAAGCUCCUAUCUACCGUCCGAAAUUCUAUGGGGUCACAGAUUCGAACACAUAAUUACUUUUAAAAAGGAGACCGGAGAGUACGAAGUGAAUUACACUUUGUUUAAUAACACGUACGAAGUUGAUACACCGUUGUGUUCAGCAGCUGAUCUGGAUAAGAUCAGAGCUAUACAACGUGCGAAAGGAGAACGUAUGAGCACCAGUGGAUUCGCUCAUUAUCGCGACGCGUCCAGCAGUUCUUUGACCACCGGAUCCGGUUCCAGCUUGGCAUCGUCAACCGGCGGGCUACACAUGAACAUCCCUAUGGCGCCACUGACUCCGAUCCCGGUCAUGAUCACCGGCCCUGACGGUUCUCUGAGACGCGAGAGCAUGCAAAGCGGUCAAACCGAGGCGAAACAGCCGGUAUUUUAUACCCAGAACGAGUUCCUGGACAACGAGUCCCAUCCAAUCGGCUACAUUCCGGAGGACUCAACGGGCCAGGAAGAUUACAACCGCGUACUGGAGGACAUUAACGCGACGUUGAGGAAAAAUCGCGUACACGGCAAGGAAGAGAAACGACUGCACAGAGAACCAUCGAGGUGUACGUUAGAUUCAAGGAAAAGCGAAUCUAGAUCUAACGUGGAUAUUAUAAGAAGAUCCAGUUCGAGGACGACUAUAGAUCAAAUUCCAGGGCUUAAUAAUCCUCUUCCCCCAAAAUCACCCUCUCGACAGCAUUUAGACCCCAGGCACACAAAGUUCGCUGAAUCAGGAGAAGCGUACCGCGAGCCUCCGCCUCAUCCUCACCCUUCCUCCAGGAGAUCGAGUUUAGGCGAGAAUCAGAAAUCGAAGGAGAUGCACAAGAAGACUACUUUCAUCGUCGGCGACGACGAGCACGUUAUAAACGUGGAGCCGACGAUCGCGAAGGGAUACCUGCCUCGACACGAAGCGUUGGACUUCGAUUCAUCGAAGACGAAUCAUCAUCCCCGGCACAGAGGCCCUCAGGAACAAGUUUAGGGACGUGGAAUGGUGGGAUUCCAGGAACGGAAGGACGGUGCGAAUGCCGUAGGAAAGUGAGAGGGAAACGAAGGAACGAUGGCAGCAGAAAACAGAACUUUGCUCUUCGUGGCCGACAGCCGUGAGUCAUCGUCGCGUGGUCACUUCCAGCGACUUCAUUCAUCCUCGAUGAUGAUACAAGAAGAGAUCAGUCGUCUCCGUUCUUGAUCCUCGAAUCGGAGGGAAAACGAGCGGCGAACAUUCGGACGCGUUUGAAUAGGUUCGAGCUGUGAAAGACCGCGCUUAACAGAGACUCGAGAAACGAAAGAGAAGAAUAUAAAUCGAGGAUGAGUUUGAUUUGCUCGAUGGAGGUUUCUUUGGACGAGUAAAGGUGAUAAAAAAAAA